CGUUCUGGCAUGGCAUCCAUUUUAUUUUUAGGGGGAAAAAAUAAAUAAGGAUUAUUAGUUAUUGUGUAAAUUUUACAGUUAAAACUUUUUAUUUACGUUGAUAUAAUCAAUAAACCUAAAAAUGGCUGAUACAGUUAAUAUGUCCCUAGACGAAAUCAUCAAACAAAAUAGAGUGGGCCGAACUCGUGGGAGAGGCGGCGGUAACGUCCGUGGUCGCGGCAACCGCGGUCGAGGUGGUCGCGGCGGGCGCGGCGGUGGAGCGCGGGGCAGGUCGCAGUCCCGAUCUGGAACACCGAAUGGAGCCCGCGGGAGGUCACGGUCCCGCUCUCGAGUGGCUCGACGAAACCAGUCACAGAGCAGGUCCCGGUCACAGCAGAGAGCCCGCUCCCAACAGAGGUCACAAUCUCGCCAAAGGCGCUUCUCUACAUCGCGAGCGAGGUCGGCCUCUCGAUCCCGAUCACAGACGAGAGGCAUGACGCCUAAAGGUCGAGCUGGCCUGGAGGAAACUUAUUCUCAGAUGCCACCCCUUACUAGACGCAAUAGAGGCAGAGGUCGUGGGCUGCAAAGAUCUAAUUCAACUUAUAAUGUCAGAGGAGGUGUCCACAGCAGACUUGGAAUUUCAACUCGUAGCAGUAUUAACACAAACAAGCCCUUGGCCCUUGCCAAGAGGGGCAUCAUAAAGCGAGGCAGAGGGCUAGCGACAAGAAACAGAUACAGCAGUGUCGGAUUAAGAUCUGAUCAAAUUUUAAUGGAACAGCGACAAAACAGUAUGAUAAGAACACAAACCUUCACCCGAUCUCGGAACAACUCCGUGGGUUCAGCGUCCCAGUUGACGGUCAGCGUUGCAAAUGAUUUUGCAAAGAGGCGUCGCAAUAGCAUGGGAAGUGCAGGAUUUUUGAACAGACAAAGCUUAGCCCAGUUUAAUAAUCAGUUCGGAGGGUACAAUACACGAAGAGGUCCCGGUAGUGUUAAAUCUGUAGGUUCCAAUAGAUCAAAUAGGUCAAAUCAAUCCAACUCCAGCAGAAAAUCGCAGCGCGGCCGUGGGCGCGGCAGAGGCGGAAAUAGGGGUGUCAGUAGGAAAUUUGUGAAUAAGCAAGUGCUUAAUCCCAAGUUACAAAAGGAAAUUGCAGCUAUACAGGGUAAAAGCUUAGGGAAUAGUGCCAGCGAGACUCCAGGUGGUAUAAACUUUACACCCACUCCAGCAGCAACCACUCAGACAUUACAUCAGCGAUUUGCUACUGCUUAAACUGGUUUUUUUUGACAAUUUGGCCAUGAGCCAAAUUAUCUUUUAUUGUAAGUUGAGAAGGUUAAACUAUCUGUAAUUAUAAUAUGAAUGGUAAUAGACUAUUACUACCAUACACAAUAAUAUGAUGUGUGGCGCAAAGGGUUUUAAAAUCUCAUGCCAAAGUCAGGUUUUGUUAAAAUAGGAUUUCCUAAUAUCCUAAUCAAAUUAUAUUUCUUCCAUAUGUUAGUUGACCUAAGAUAAUUCUUCACAAGCACAUGAACAAGAACAUGUUGUUUAAGACAUUUGGAAGUGUAACAUAAAACAUUUAAUAUCAGCUGCAAGCAAUAUUUUGUUACUGGUUUCUAUUAUAGUUAUGAGUGUCAACAAAAAAAGUGCAAAUUUCUAUUUGUAAUAUUUCAAUCAGUUCACUAUCUCAGUCACACAUGGAACAGUCAUGAGUAAGAAUGCAACAGCAAUAUAACCGAACAGGAUUAUGACACGAGCUUUUGCCUGCAGCUUCUCUCGCGUU